CGGUAAUGCAUUGAGAUCUAUAUUCGCUAAUAUAGUAAGCAACGAUGGAGUCUAGUUUUUUGCAAAGACUUCUGGGAAAUUUCUACUCGAUUUUGAAAUGGUAGAUUAGAAGAUGGCGACCGUACUAUAUAGUGAGUAGUGAAGGAAUUUGCCUGGAAUCACUUGUGUCAGCUGAUCAGCAUCAAGCUGAAUAAGGAGAUCUGGGAACAGGGUUUGAGGCUCUUGAGAACCACCUCUGCUAUAUACAGUCAAUGAGUGAAUUAUGACACGCUUGGCUUGCCAUACCUCUGCCAGCUGGCGCACACAGCUCUCCUACGCUCCUGCUCCGUUUCCCAAACUCUUGACCCGUCGGCAGAAGUGAAGUGGGAAGUUAAUGGAGGGGCUUCUCUCGGGCUGCGGUGCUGUCACCCUCCGGUGACCAGAUGACACUGAUGGCUGCUUGUGUUGUUGCCGUGACGUCAGCGCGAGCUGCAAAGAAGCCGGCAAGAUGAGUAUAAAAGGCUUUUUGAAAAGGGGCGCUCCUGCCCUGCCGCUUCAGGAUCCCGCUCGGAAAUCAAGAUGCCCUCUGUGAGCUUCAUCCCCGUCGCUGCUCUGCAUUUGUCUCUGAUUGGUGCUCUGCAAGGAUACAAAUGGACAUACAGUGGACCAGACGGAGAGCACCACUGGUCCAAACACUAUCCAUAUUGUGGUGGUGCUUUCCAGUCUCCAAUAGACAUCAAGUCAGAGCUGCUGAGGUUUGACCCAACUUUACGACCUAUUGAGGUUCAAAACUACAACCUGUCCCCAGACGAGCAGCUGACUCUUGGAAAUAAUGGACAUGCAUUGCAAAUAUCAUUGCCUUCGAAGAUGCACAUCUCAAGCCUGCGGUAUCGUUAUAGCGCAGCUCAGCUGCAUUUCCACUGGGGCUCCUCCAGUCGAAUCGCUGGUUCUGAACACAUGGUGAACAGCAAACAGUAUGCGGCAGAGAUGCAUGUAGUGCACUACAAUUCGGACAAGUACCCCAACAUAUCCUCUGCUGUCGACAAAUCUGAUGGUUUGGCCGUGCUCGGUGUUCUCAUCGAGGUUGGGGAGUUUAAUCCAACUUUUGAACAAUUUUUAAGGUUCAUCAAUGGCAUCAAAUAUCGAGAUCAAAAAGUUCAGGUGCCUGGUUUUAACAUUAGAGCCCUGCUGCCCGCUCGUUUGGAUGAAUAUUAUCGAUACGAUGGAUCGCUGACGACUCCCCCGUGUUAUCCCAGUGUACUGUGGACGGUGUUCAGAAAUACCAUGACAGUCUCUCAAAAACAGUUUAAUGCCUUGGCUACAGCCCUCUACUCCUCCUCUGCCCAGGAAUCAGCAACAAUUCCGCUUCACAGCAACUACAGAAAAGCCCAGCUGGUUGACAGCAGAAUUGUCCUGGCCUCUUUUAAAGAAGGCAGAGGACUGCAUGGUACUCUUACAGUCACAUCCCCACACACCAGGAAGCAAAUCAUUCAGCAGCUGCUGGUCGGUGACCUAGCAGACUUGGCUGAUGAAGAGCUAUAUAAGCUCCUACCAACCGGAUCCCAGAAGCUCCAAGCUGGCAGGAGGAAAAACCUCAAGAACUUGGAGAGGGACGACCAGACUAAACCAAAACAACAAAUGACGAGUCCAUCUCUUAGGAGGAAGAGCAGCUGCUUUGUGGGAAAGUUGGGGCUGGCUGGAGACACGCUGCGCUAUAGCUCACUAGAGCAAAGAGUUUUCCAUCAACUCAAAGAGUCUCACAGAAAGAAUCAACUGGUCGAGGCUCUCAGAGAUGCAGUUUAUCCUGAACUGAACCUCAAGAGCUACAUGGACUGCAAGUCACACCUAGCCCUUCCAACCGUGAGGCAAAUUCUGUGUGGACGGCCGACUGACGAGGCCCUCGAGUUGGAACGCUCCCUGACAAAAGCUUGGAUGAAUCAAAGGGAAACUUCUGUGGCAAACAAGCAGAAGAGCCACGUAACAAAGUAUGGCAGCAUUUCGAAACCUCCCAGUCAGGGUUACCCACAUCCUUGGCUUCUGCCAAUGGAAUGGGAAGAUUAGGUAUAUCCUUAACAUUUCAAACUCUUUUGCUGUAAAUAUAAAUUUCUAUCUGUGAAUAACUUUUCUUUUUUUAAAUCCACAUUUUCUUCAUUUAUUCAAUAAUAAAUCAAAAAUAAAUAAUUUAUUUUUUACUGUGUGCACAGGAAAAAUGUUUUAAUUACUGUUUCUUUUUCUGUAAUAUAUUUAUUUUUUCAUUGGUCAAGGCUCAUUAUAGAUUGUCCUUAUCUGUUUUUGCAUUUGUGCACAUUUUCCAUCAGACCUGAUGGUAUUUCUUGCAAAAAACAAGAAAAGUUUAUGACUUAAACCGUCUGUGGCUAAAAAUUCAUUUCAAAUUUAAAGCUUCAAUGAAUACAGUGAAAGAACAGAAUUGUUCAUGUAAUUUUAUAAAGGAAAAGCUUUAGAGUGUACUAAUGAGCCUUGUAGGCUUUAAUAAACUAUUUUUUAACACUGUUAAAAAUAACUGAAAUAUUGUACUUGUGAUGAAAUCCUAGAAGAAGACUAAAUAGUUUGAUCUUCUCUGUUUUAUGUGCUAACAUUGUGCUGCUCUUAGAUCUAGUUUUUUGUUUAAAUUGUUUUACUUUAGAUACAAAUUUAGCUACUUUGUCUUACUUUCUCGACGUUUUACAUCUAAAUGUUUCUUCAGUCUGACUUGUAGGGGCUGGUAUUGGGAAAUUUCUCCUUUUUGAAUGAAUAAAUUCAUAUCUCUCAUUCACUUGUCCAUGUGGGAUUCUCAUCCAUUAAACAACAACCAUUGAAAGCUUUACAGUACAGAGACUCAUAUAUACCCAAUGUUGAGAGUAACUUGUUACAAAAGUAACACAUAACAAGUUCAUAUUACUUUUUGAUGGGACACAGUGUACUU